AUACAUAUUCUGCAAUGAAAUUCUGUGUAGUGUCGGGUGGGCGUUCAUUGGUGCGGCAUUGUGAAAAUGUGGAACUUGCUUGCAUGCAUCUCAGAGCAAGCCAUUCUGGAAGGUCUUUUUUUUUUUUUAUAUCGUAGCCAUCUUGGGAAUUUACACGCAUGCUGUCUGCAAGGCUACUAAUUUGUUCUUUUUUUUUUUUUUUAGGGGGCGGUGAGUCUGACAUUCUUUACUACUAUUACGACAGUAAAUAAAGUUGUCGUUAGUACUUUAUCCUCUUCCAUUUUAGGCAGCUGGCUAAGAUAAACUUGAAUACUGUACUUGAAAGCAUGACAUGAUUCUGUUUAGUUUACGCCUUGUAACCAAAGCAUUCUUGUGGACUCUCAGCUCACUUCUCUCAUGCAUUAUUUGAAUGUCAUGGUGGUGCCUGCAGCCUCUGAUCUCCAUUUUUCAUUUUGUACAUGCCCUCGAGUCGAGUGAUCACAAUGGCCCAUUGUUGAGCUGUGCGUGUGGGCCUGUGCUAGCAUAUCACCCUUGAGGUGUCCUGUGAAGUUGCCCAUCAUGCGCGAGUACAAGCUAGUAGUGCUGGGUUCAGGAGGCGUGGGAAAAUCUGCACUGACAGUCCAGUUUGUGCAAGGAAUUUUUGUGGAGAAGUACGACCCUACAAUUGAAGACUCCUACAGAAAGCAAGUGGAAGUUGACGGGCAGCAAUGCAUGUUGGAGAUCUUGGACACAGCUGGAACAGAGCAGUUCACGGCCAUGAGGGACCUCUAUAUGAAGAACGGGCAGGGGUUCGCUCUGGUCUACUCCAUCACGGCACAGUCGACGUUUAAUGACCUGCAAGACCUCCGGGAGCAAAUCCUGCGAGUGAAAGACACCGAGGACGUCCCCAUGAUCUUGGUGGGGAAUAAGUGCGACCUGGAAGAUGAGCGAGUGGUGGGCAAGGAACAGGGUCAGAACCUGGCCCGCCAGUGGAGCAACUGUGCCUUUUUAGAGACGUCAGCUAAGUCAAAGAUCAACGUGAAUGAAAUUUUCUACGACCUGGUGCGACAAAUCAACAGAAAAACACCAAUGGAAAAGAAGCCAAAAAAGAAGAGGGACUGUACGCUUCUCUAAAUGCGCCUUCACACGGACGCUUUCACAAAGAUGGACUCUAGGUCAGGUGAGUGGCUGUUGAGAGAUCACUCAUGCACGUUGGUCACGACAGCGGACAGCUAUAAUUCAAAAGGUGUUGUAUAUGUGUGAGUUUCUUGAUGUCAGAGUUGCCCAUCGAUCUGCACUGUGGAUUAGUUUCUCAUUCUCUACACUGCCACCCACUGCUCAGUUAUUCUAAGUGCCAGAACAGUCCAUUGCUUUACUUUAGUUUGGGAGACAGGAAAAUAUGUGGACCUCAUUCAAGUUUUUCCUCAUGUCCACUAAAUUGUGCAGUCUGAAGUGUGUGGCGGUAUGACAAAUUAGCCUUCCCUUUUGUGAUACAUGUGCAACUUGGACAUCAUUCGCAUAAAACCAGCGUCCAAAUGAAAACCAGAGGUGCACAAAAAAUGUGGCUGUCAAAAAAAACACCUACCUUCUCCAUUGGUUUAAGUGGGAAGAAGGCUUUACUGUCCAAACCUCCGCCUUGAAAGGUCUGUUGCCAUCAGAGGCCACCCAGCGCCAUCUUGUGCUGUGUCCUCCUAGGCUUCCUGAUUGAUACCGCAGCACUUCAAGGAGGCCUUCAGGCAGUCUUUGUAUCAUUUGCAUUGACCCCUCUACCAGUGCUUGCCUGCCUUGCUGAGAAACGCCUUUUUUUGGAGUCAUUUGUCUGUGGAAUGUGACAGGUCCUAUGGCCAUAAAGAGUAAAAUAAAUAUAUAUAGAGUGCUAUUUUCCUAUCAUUUUUUUUAACAGAUUGCAUUUACUUCCAUACAAUAAUCCAAUUGUUUUGAGCACACUUAGUUUAAUUUGAAUGUCAUUGAAAUCCGAAUCAAUGUGUUUUUCUUGACAUGUUUUCUUGAAAGAAUGGGACUACUUUGAAUAAUAUUUGAGGAGACCAGUAAGCCUCCAUCCAGUGAACACCAUCACAUUUCAUGACCAAUCACAUUCAAGUAUGUUGUUUAUCUUUUCUUUGUGUCUCACAAAUGGCUAAAUGAAUUAUUUACUUUGUCUUUUAUGUUAAGAUGAACUGCCUGUUAGUGGGUCUUACUUACAUUCCAAGUCCUCUCUGAAAGAUUGCAGGAGUCUCCCCUCACAUGUUUGGGAAUCCUAUUCUUUAAUGUUAUUUUUGUUUUUUUAUAUAAAUGGACUAAGUUUUUUUUUUUUUUUUUAAAUGUCUCAAAGUGUCAUCAUAGAUGUUUUUAUGGAUAAGAAGAGAGUCAUGUUUGGGAUUUCAAAUGUUCUCUUAAAGUCCAUCUUGUUAAAUGUUGGCCUUCUUGCAUUUAUGCACUAACAGUGGUAAAGAUGAUGCAUCACUGUUCUUGACUUACAACUCUUCCACUUUGAUAAUGUAUUUCGCAAGUGACUUGGUUUUAUAGUGAGCUACAAGCCUUCCGUGUUCCACCUAAUAUAUUCAACUUCUGUUUUGCAUAAUAAAGCUAAGGAUUAUAA